GGCUGGAGCCGGAGCUCCACGGCUCGCGUGGACGUCUGCAGGUAGAAAGAGAAGAGGACGGUGCGCAGCGCUGCCCACAGCAGGCAAAGGAAGAGGCACACGGUGCGGUAGCUGAGCCGCUUCUCCCGGUAGUAGAAGAGCAGCCAAAGCUGCAGAACAUCACAACCGUCUAGAAGAAAGUCGAUGGGAGUCUGAAGUCUGGGUUGACAAGGCACAUCACUGUCUGGAUCCUGUGACAGCGGAAAUGGAGUUCUCAAUAACCACAAUUGAAUCUGGGGAAUUUGGCGGUGGGGAAAUUCCCCAGGAACAUUGAAGUGGUGGCAAGCAGCUUGGACUGCGCUCCCGACGCACAGAGUGAAAUGUCAGUAUAAGGUUGAAUUCUCCUGAGACAACUUUGAGCAGCUGGAGACAUGUCACCACCACAAAUGACUCAACGGACUCACUUCUUUUUCCUGCUCACGUGGGUUUCUUGCAUCUCACUGACAAGCAGUGUCGAAAACGUGAUUCCAGAGUUAAGUCCCCAGGAAUAUUUUAGCGGCUUGCAAGCAUCGAAAGCAUCUUUGGUUUAUUUUCAGAAGGAUGUUUCACCAUCUAGUGAGGUGUUCUUGGAACAGUUGGAGAACUCCAAAGAAGCUCUCCAAGAUUAUGGGAUCUUUAUCUUAAAGAUUAACUGCCAAAGAGGAGAAGCAUCCAGCUACUGCAGAGGAGAUAACUCCAUGGGAAAAGUAUACCUAUUCAGGGACCGUGUGUUGGUUCGUGAACUUGCCAUAGAUGCCUUGUUCAGCUUGGAUGCCAUUGUGGCAAAUGUACUUUUCGCUCUCCUCUUCAAUGAAGUGAAAUACAUUUCAACACUGAUGGACCUUCAGCAUUUAGAAAACUCUUUGAAGGGUCAGUCCGAUCUUGCUUUCGCAUAUGUGCAAGCAGUCGGGACAGCAGAGCACCGAGUCUUCAUGGAGGCCGCGUUUGUUUAUGGCUCAGUGAAGUUUGCCUUAACUACUGAAGUGGCAGUUCUGAAGAGCAUCCGCAGUGAAGAGCCAGAGGUGCCAUCUUCAAAACUCUUCUUUUGCCACUGUAAAGUGGCCACGGAUCCUGAACAGCCAUGCCUCAGGACUCUGAUGGAAGAGCCAUUGACUACGUUAAGCAUCCACAAGUUCCUGAAGCUGAUGGGGGAACCUCUGGUGGUGGAAGUUGCAGUAGAUCCGGAAAAGAUUUCAACUACUCAUCUCCAGCUUGGCCUACCACUGAUUUUCAUUCUGAGCCAGGAAGAGACCUUGGAAGCAGACAAGAGGAUUGCUGAAUCUGUAGCCUGGCAGUUGCUGGGGAAAGCAGGAGUCCUCCUUUUGUCAAGGAAUUCUGUUGGUCUGGAUGUUUCUUCCCGAUUUAAUGUGGCUAUCAAGACAGUUGAGGAGGAUAUGCCUGUUAAAUACCUCACAUUGAAAGAUGCAGAUGAAAUCGUAGCAUUGGUGAAGAAUGGCAAGCAGAGCAAACCUAGUCUGAAUAAUAAGGCAGAAGAGGUUUAUGAAGAGGAAGAGGAAGAGGAAGAGGAGGGAGUGGAGAAUGAGAACAACGAACAAGAAAUUCAGGAUGAUGAGGUGGUGGAAUCUGUUGUCAGAGAUCGGAAGCGUGAACUCCCCCUGGAAGACAUCCAUACCCUGACAGAAGAAUCCUUCCUCUCAAUUCUGGCAGAGACCAACCACACAGCAGUGCUCUUCUAUGCCAGCUGGGAAACUGUCUCUCUGGUGGUGAUGCAGUCUUUCCUUGAAGUUGCUGCUCAGUUGAAAGGGACUCCUGAGAUUUCACUUGCAAGGGUAAACUGCUGGGAUUGGCCACACCUUUGCUUGCAGGAAAAUGUCACCCAAUUUCCUAUCAUGAAGAUGUAUACAAAAGAGGGGGCAUGGCUGGCUUACUCUGGGAUGUGGGAGACCAAAGAGAUGAUGAAGUUCAUUGAAUUAAGCAGAAAUUCUUGCCCAGUGAGAUUGAUGACGCCUGAGGAAGUAGAAGAAUAUUUAAGUGACAAAACCUCACCACACAACACGGUUUCUGUACUGGGAAUAUUUGACUCAAGCAUGAGUGAAGCAAGAGAGGCUUUUAUUGAAGCUGGAAGAAUCCUAAAUGGAUAUGUCACAACAGGGAUCUACUAUGAAGAGGAUGCUAUAAUUCUCUCCCAUAAAUAUAAUGUACCUCUUCCAGCCCUUCUGUUUGCUAAGCCUGCAACUCAGCAAAGGAAUGCCUUCCAGCUCUCGCAGUAUAACACGCAAGACAUUGUUAAAGUAAUCCGUCAUGCAUUGUUGGAGACCUUUCCAGAAAUCACCGUGGAAAACCUGCCUGAUUACUUCCAGAUAAAGAAACCUUUGCUCAUUUUGUUCAGUGACGGGGUUCCUGGUGAAAGGGAAGUAGAAGAAAUGAAGCAUGUGGCUGUUGGCGAGGAUCACAAAACCUUUAUUGCUUGCUGGCUAAACCUUAAGAACACACCAGUAGGCAGAAAUAUUCUGAAGGCUUAUUUUGGAAACUUGGUUCUCCCUAUGCCUCUCCUCCUCUGGAUCAACCUUCAUUCUCGAGGCCAUGUCUUCGUUUUUCCAUCAGACCAGUCAGUUUCUGAAACAAAUAUUCUUGCUUGGAUUGAAAAACUAAAGACCAAACAAGAAACACCGAGAGCUACCUUGUCUGAGAAAGAGUGGAAGCCCCGCCUUCCUGCCUACGAUUUCCUGAGUAUGAUGGAACCCACACUGCCUGAAUUUACUAUUUAUACUCAAGAAAGUAUAAGUAUCCGCCAGGAGGAGAUCCUAGGAGAAACAAAGGCAGAAGCCGCAGUGGCAAAGAAGCCCACAAAAGACUCCACCAUGGAGGAACUGAAGCCAACUGGAAGGGCCUUACGAAGGACAGCUCCACAUCUGGGAGCAAAGGAGAAGCAACCUAAGCAUCAUUCAGAGUUAUAAAGUUAUGUCAGAUCUCUGGAUAGUUUUGGAAGUAGAGCAUAGGACAGUGCAGAGGUCUCGAGAGAGCAGUUAACAUUUCAUAAAUAUUUAUUGAAGACACAUGUGUGAUGGGCAGUGGUUAGAAUGCAGUAUUGCAGGCUAACUCUGCUUUCAGGCAGGAGUUUGAUCCUGACUGGCUCGAGCUGGACCCAGUCUUACAUCCUUCUGAGGUCAGUAAAAUGACCCUGAUUGUUGCAGGCAAUAUGCUGACUCUGUAAACCGCUCAGAGUAUUGUAAAGCACUAUGGAGCGGUAUAUAAGUCUAAGUGCUACUGCAAUUGUUAAAGUUGGUGAGAUAUGUAUAGGUGUAAUAAGCCAAUUUUCAUAUAGAAGGAGGCCUCCGAAAGAUUGUAUGAUUCUAAAACAACCAAAAUGCAUUGUCCAUUAGCAUUUUUCUGCUCUAUGUAUUUUCUUUGGAAAGGAAAAUGAUUGAAGGUGUUAAAGAAAGGAACUGAAAGGUAACAAAUGGAGAAAGAUAUCAUCUGAAUCACACUUAAAUGAGACAGGGUGAUUGCACAUGGAUGCACAUGCCCACACAUCUGGAAGCAAUUAUUUUUUUCAAUCCCAAGAGUUUAGGGCUAAUCUGGACAUGAAGAUAAGAAAUAUGUUAAUUACAGAAUCUCUGGUGUUUAUUUUAAAAGGGUCAAUGAGUACAGGAAGGCAACGCAUACAGAUCAAACCCUCAACUUCCACAGCAACCACCCCAAAAUGCCACAAACAAAGCUGCGUCAGAACACUAUUUAGGAGAGCGGAAUCCCAUUGUAACACCACGGAGGCCAGAACAGCAGAACAAAAACACUUAUACAAAGUUUUUAAGAGAAACAGACACCCAUGAAACUUCAUCUGAAGGUGUCUUCAUACAAACAAUACAAACACCCAAAGCAAUAAAACAACCAUAACAACAAUGACGACCGGACAAAUCAGAAUUCCCUAUGUACAGAAUGUUUCUGAAAUAACAGCAAGAUUACUAUGUCAACAUGAUCUUGCGGUAGCCCACAAGCCAACCUCAACUAUCAGAUGGACCCUUUCAAAACCGAAAAGGCAAAUAGAAACAAACCAAAGAUCAGGCAUCAUAUGUCGAAUCCAGUGCAGCAACUGUGAAACGAAUUACCAGUAUGUUGGCCAAACAGGAAGAAAACUAUCAACCAGACUGCACGAACACUUCCUGGUUAUCAAAAAACGUGACCCACUAUCCCUCAUGCCCGUCCACGGAGAUUCAGAAGGACACAAAUUUGAUCUAACUGGGACCACAGUUGUAACCUAGCGAAAUCAAGGAGAGAAAGAGAAUUCCUCGAAGCCUGGUUCUCCACCUGUAAGUCAAUAAACAGGCAUAUAGACAUCCAGUCUACCAAUCGCUGAGAACGAAAGAACUGCAUCAAGCGCGAUCCCAAAGAUAGCAUUUAAAAUGAACGAACUGGCACACCGCUACGCAACAACAAGAACACAGUCACAACCCAUCAACUCACAAGAAAUCGGAUCACGUCUCAGUAACAACAACCAGCCAUUCAAACAGACUGAAACCAGCCCAUGACUCAGUAGUAUCCAAACAAACAACACUAAUUUACAUUACACAGAUGGUACUUAAAACCAAAGACCAUGCCUCAGUAACAACAACCAGCCAAUCAAAUAGUCUGAAGUCAGACCGUGACUCUGAACAAACAACAUUCACACUAAUUUGCAUCUCAUAAAAAAGUAUUUAAAGGCCAGUGCUCGGACAGACGAGCACAAUUCAAAGCGGGCUGACAAUGUCUCCUCGAAUGGAGAUGAAACAUUUGCAACCAAAUUGCCAAGCUCGGAGCUCAGACCAACAGCCCAACUACCAACCUGAGCUUUUUAUAUUCAAAUACAUUUCAGGGUCAAUAGCAGUUUCUCCCAUUCUGGCUCUCUUGAAAAUAAGGCCAUGUAAAUUCUAAAUCUACAGAAUGAUCUACUGACUCUUAAGAACCUGGAGGCAAUAAAGCCCAGUCUUCUGUUAAGCUA